AUGGGUUGCCUUCCAGGUUGCUUCGGCCGUCGGAAGAAUCGCCGCCGUCAGAGUCGCAGAGAAUCUUUCCAGCCUCGUUUAAACAAACUCGCUGAGGGAUCUACAAAGGAUGUUCAUCUGAAUCUUAGGGUUCCGAUUGUUGAGAAAGUCUCAAAUUCUGCAAAGGAUGAUCAUCACCUUCGUAAUGUUGUCGAAAUCCCUAAAAUUCCAGAGGAUCGUAUCAAUUUUAGGCUUCCUACUGAUGAAGAAGAAGCCCCUAAAAUUUCUGUGAUUCCGAUCACUGAUAUCUGUGACAAGGCUGAGGAGAAACAAAGUCCGAGUCCAGCUCGUAAGAGAGUGACAUUUGACUCCAAUGUCAAAACAUAUGAACACAUUGCAGUUGAAGAAUCCAAUGAGCUCUUUGAAGAGAAGAAAGAAGAGGUGAAGAAGCAAGGUCAAUGUUCAUCUGAAGGAAGCGAUAUCACCUCAAACUCGUCAGGGUCUUAUCCUUCAAACCAUAGAUACCAGAAUUGCAGAGACAGUGAUGAUGAAGUUGAGGAUGUAACAGAUUGCGACGAAAGCGAUCUAGAGGAUGAUGAUGAUGAUGAGCUGCUUUGUGAAGAAGACUAUUAUAACGAUGAUGGCAAUUACGAGGCUAAGCUGCACAACUGGGAUAAAGAAGUUUACACAGAGGAGAUUGCAGAUAACGUUUUGGAUAUAGAGAGGAUAGAAGAAACCAGUAAAGGGUCUAUUGCGAGUGGUAGAGACAGAAGCGGAUACGUCAAUGCGGUACUAAACCCGAUCGAGAAUCUCACGCAAUGGAAAGCUGUGAAAUCCAAAGGAAGAUCAACAACGAUACAGACACAGUCUCGAAAGGAGAACGAUCAAGAACAUAAACUUGAAGCUUCUUUCAGCUUACCAUCAUCAUUCAGCUUGAACAAGAAAUCAAGAGAUGAUGAGACUAAGAAGGAGAGAUGUCAAGAAGUAGCUGUUGAUGCUAGCCUCUCGACUUGGUUAUCCUCCUCAUCGCAGACCACGACCAGCGUCUCUAUGGGUGUUGAAACUGUAGUUUCUGAGAAGAAGAAGUGUAUGUUUAGCUACUCGGAAACGGUUCAAAGCUACGAUGAAAGACCUAUAUUGGGGGCGUUAACUUCAGAGGAGAUCAAACAGUUUUCAGCUACGAAUUCGCCGAGGAAAUCUCCCAGUAGAAGCCCUGAGUCACCUAUAACCGGAACAGUCGGUGGUUAUUGGAACAGUCACUCAAUGGCCACCAGAAACUAG